AAACUUUAUGAUCAUAACCAGUAAAGUGCGAAGUCAAUUAUUAUUUUGAUCCACUAAAUAAGCUAGAUUAGUAAUUUCCCAAAUAUCCUUGGCGACGACAUGAUUGAUUCCUAUGGAUUUUCUCUUAUCAUGAUUCUGAGAAGCAGGAGGAGGAUAUACUUUUAAACGCGGAUUCACCCCCUCGCGUUCAAUACGUUCUCGAGUACCAUAACCUCCUUUCCAUUCGUCAGUUGAUGAGUGUGAUAACCUUAAUAAGUCGAGCUUAUCGGCUGUAGUCGUAGGACAACAUACGGUAUAUAAGUUACACUCAACAUAUAACAACAUAGCACUUUCCGGUCGAGUCAACGAUUUCUAUAACAUAGUACGUUGUCAUCGACUCGAUAAAUAAUUUUGGAGUACCCCACUCGAGAAUCUCCAGAUUGAUUUCACCACUGGCAGAGGAAACACAUGAUGGAAUUCCUAUGGACGACGAUCUUGGUAUCGUUCUUCACGCUCAUACUAUGGCUUCUUCCAAAACUAUUUACUGCCCGCAAUUUUUUCACCAAGUUAAGAGCUCAGGGUUUGGUAGGUUUCCUUCUUCCCUAAACGUGAUCAAUUCCGCUAACAUUUCCUCAGCCAAUGCCACCCCAUAAUUUUCUAGCUGGUCAUCUCAUCGAGCUAUCCAAUGCGAUGAAAGGGUUACCAACAGAUGCUCUCAAAGUAUAUUUCUUCGCCGCGCUCUCCCGACAAUACUCCCGCAAUGGUGCCUUCUACCUCGAUCUCUAUCCUUUCGCUGCCCCCUUCCUAGUCAUCACUUCUCCAUUCCUCGCAAAUCAAGCUGUUCAAUCUACUCCGGUAGCAUGUCGCAAGCCUGAUGCUCUCAGAACAUGGUUUUGGAGUAUUACGGGUGGAAUUAGUUUGUUUGAUGCCGAGUACGAUGAGUGGAAGGAUUUAAGGGGUUUGUUUGCCAGAGGAUUUAGUAAUAAGUAUUUGGUGGGUUUGGUGCCUGGUAUUGUAGAUGAGGUUGGAACAUAUACGUCUGGACUGAGAGAGAAGGCGAGAAGUGGGGAGAUGAUUGAAUUGGAUGGGAUAAAUUUGAGGUUUAUGAUUGAUUUGAUUGGGAAUACGGCUUUGUGAGUUACUCUUUUCCUCCUAUACAUCACAUGAAUGGCGGGAUGCACGAUUGGCGAGACAAAAUACUAAUAUAAUCUAGAAAUGCAAAGCUAAAUGCACAAAAAGGAUACAAUCCUCUUGCAGAUACUAUGUUGAAUCAAAUUAAAAGCAAACUCGCAAAUCAAGAAGUAAAUAUGCUUCAAUGGCUCAAUUUUGUGCGUCCUAUUAAAGAGUGGCUCAAUGGUCGAAAAAUGGAUGCAUAUAUUAAUGAAGAGUUGGAUAAGCGUUUCGAGAUUUAUAAACUAUCGAAGAAUUCCGAGGGAAAUGGUCAUCUAAAUGAGAAACCAGAAACUUUCCAAUCAAUUAUUGAUUUGGUUAUCGAAGAUUACAUGGCUGAUCCAGCUCAACGUAAUGCAACCAAACUCGAUGAAACAUUCCGCACCAUCGCCACUCGCAAUGUCCGACUUCUUCUUUUCGCCGGCCAUGAUUCAACUGGUAGUGCCAUAUCCUGGUGUUACUAUCUUCUCUCUAAGAAUCCAUCGGCUCUUGACAAACUCAUUCAAGAACACGAUGCAGUAUUUGGAACUGAUAUCGGAACUCUUCCUGAACUCAUCAAAGAGAAUUCAACCCUGCUAAAUCAAUUACCAUACACAACGGCCGUCAUCAAAGAAACUCUUCGUUUGUUCCCACCCGCAUCAAGUAUUAGACAGGGAAUGAGAGGUGUAAAUUUAGUUGAUGAAGAAGGGAAUACAUAUCCAACCGAAAAUUGCAUGGUAUAUAUGCUCCACCUGCCAAUCCAACAUGAUGCAAAAUACUGGGUUCGUCCAAAAGAAUUCCUACCGGAAAGAUGGCUUGCGCAAGCAGGAGAUGAAUUGUAUUGUGAUGUUAAGGGGGCAUGGAGACCUUUUGAGUUGGGACCAAGGAAUUGUAUCGGUCAGGCUAUGGUGAUGAUGGAGAUGAAGAUUAUUUUGGCCAUGGUGGUGAGGGAAUUGGAUGUACGGGAUGCGUAUGGAGAGUGGGAUGAGAAAUUUGCGAGGAAGGAGAAGGGUGUGAAGGAAAUUGAUGGAGAGAGAGCAUAUCAGGUUGAUGGUGGAGCUGCUCAUCCGGCUGAUGGGUUUCCUUGUAGAGUGAGGUUCAGAAAGGCCAAGAGAUCGGUGUAAUGGCUUUUGCAUAUAUCGUUGUGUUCGGUGCCAUUCAGCGAAUGUUAGACUUUGAGCGUUUAGUUCUUUUAUCGUUCUUCCUGUGUUUGAGGUAGCUCUUUUUAACAAACAUAACUCAUUAUAUGUCUUGCCAUCCGUUCCUGUUACUUGUACUUCUCAACAAUCUCAUUAAUAUAUUCGAACUCUGGUUACGACUGUAGUUACCUUUGUAUACUUCUGAUUUUCCUUCCGAGUGACAACUUCUAGGCAUAUCUCUAGCUAUUCUCUGAUUUGAAAUUCGGUACGAUUUGCCUCGGCCCCAUAAGGUUAGACCACCCUGUCUUUACCAAAUCUCUCUGAG